AUGAGAAAAGGGAAAAUGAGAGGAAGAGUUGAGGGAAAUGAUCUGGUGAUAUGCGGCGGAUCCCAGUACUAUUAUUGCUGUGUUGCUGGAUGUAAGUCAGUGAGGGGAACGAAAAGGAAUGAGGCGGAAGGAAGAAGGCAACGUAUCAGUUCUCGGAGAGGAGAGAAGAAGGAAAUGUUCGAAUGUGGCAGUAGUCGGGGUUUUAGCCCACUCAUGUACUUCCCUCACCUUCUGUCUCCAAUGAUCGAGGGACUUAGCCAAUAUGACUCACUGAUCCGUCAUCCAUCCUUUAAUGGCUGGACGACAUUUAAGGAGCGACCAGGCAGUCCUUAUCCGCCACUGAUAACACUGCUACUUAUGAUAAAAACAACGAAGUGGACUGAUUCACCAACUCAUUCAUUGAUGGGUUAA